GGCUAGAUGGCGAACAAAAAGAGGAGCAGAGCUGCGACCUCGGCGCUCCUGCCGCACUCUAGGACUCUCUUCCUGAGGACCGACGGUCUUCCGCUGCGUUUCUACAUCAGGCCGGGCCCGACCAAAGCCUUACUGCAGCCGCUGAUAUCACACGGGGGCGGCGUGAUGUGCCGCGUCCAGGAGCCGGGCGCCAUUCUGUUGAUCGAGCCGGAGGAGAGUGCGCCGAGGACGAGCGGCUAUACCCUGUCCCAGUAUGUGUUAGACUGCGUGCAGAGGAACCAGCAGUUGCCUCUGGAGAACUACGUGGCGGUCGGGCCGCCACCCACGUCCUCCUCUGACAACGGUCGGACAACCUACACCAAGCUGGAGGAUGUGGCCAUCCUGAUGUACGUGCGCGACUACGGGGGCUCGGGCUCGCAGCCCGCGAGCUCGGUGUGGCACGAGAUGGAGCGCGCGCAGGUGACGCGCCACAGUUGGCAGUCGAUGCGGACCCGCUACCUCCGCCAGCUGCGCGGCCAUGAACACCUGUACAACCUCGACAGCCGCUCGGUCAUCCCCACCACCGUCUUCCGUGGGACUCAGCCGCCCGAGCCACAAAAAGGGAAAAAGAAAGAUGGCAAUCUUCAACCUACUGACUUAGGGUCUAAUGAGGAUGUACCCAUUGCAGAUGAGCUGGAAUCUGAUGGUAUAAGUUCUGAGGAGGAAUUCUUCAACAUAUUUCCAGUUGCUAUCCAGGAAUUUGAGAUUGAUGAGACUUCUGAACAAAUGAAGGAGAUAAAUGAUGUGACAGAGGCAGAAAAUAUCCCACAAGAGCACCAAAUGGAGACUGACAAAUCACCAAAAGUGAGCUUUGGUGAGCGAUGUCUUAAAAGGAAAGGAACUACCACAGAAUUAAUUCUGGACAAUGAACCAAUGGAAAUGAACAAACCACCAGAAGAGAACCUUGGUGAGCCUUUUACUAAAAGAAAAGAAAUGACAGCAAUAAUUAUGGAAAAUAAGCAGGUGGUGACUGAAAGCCCUCAAGAAAUGAGCUUUGGUGACUGCCAUACUAAGAAGAAAGUCACUUUGUCAAAGUUUGUAGUGGACAAUAAGCAGUCAGAAUCUGAUUCUCAAGUAUUGUCAGGCGAAUUGUCCUUGCAUGCAGCAUCCCAGGAUGAAGUGGAAUGUGCAACCAGGGCCAUCAGUACAUUAAUGCAAGCUUGUGACCUAGAUCUCUGCACAGCCACACAGUUGCUACUGAAGAACAAUGGAGAACUGGCAGCAGCAUUGCAUUUUGUGGAGUCUGGCCACCGUCCAGAUGGUUAUCCCAUCUGGACACGUCGAGAUGACCUUGACCUUGAGAAUGUUGCAAGAGAAGUGCAGGAGGGCCUAAUCCAAAAAUUUGGCCCUGAGAACCUAGCCAAACGUAUUGCCUUUCGAAAAAGUUAGUGCUAUUAUUGAAUUUCAUGUUUCAGUUUUGGUAUUGUAAUUUAAAGGAGGCAUAAUUUCAGAGAGUAUACAAUCUGGUUGAAUAUUGCCUAUCUCCUGUUAAAUGAGUUUGUACCUGGAAUGUUGAUUAGGUAGAAUGAAAAUCCAUGAUCUAUUGAGUUGGAGAGUCUUAUCCCUGGCAUAUUAAAUCUACCCUAAUUUGCCAUAUUUGGAUUGGAGUAAGAAAUGAAAGUAAGGGUUAAGACCCCAUAUACUUUUAUUCAGCCCAUAUUUCCGUAAACUCCUUCCUGAUUUGGCCACUCACCCGCACAUCAAAAGCAAUUUACAGUGGCCAACCCAGGUACCAGCCUAAUGUCUUUUGUGAUAUGGGAGAAAGCUAGACCACCCCGGGGGAAACCCCUGUGGUCACAUUGGAAAAUAGACUCUAUGAAGACAGCACUGGUAGUCAAAAUUAAAGCCACUACUGCCCAAUUUUAGUCCAUUUGAAGCCAAAUUUUACAUAAUGUGAAUUUUACGAUUACUAAACAAAUGAUGCAUUGGAAAAUUCUCCAAAUGAACUGCUUUUUAGCAAUUGGAUGGGAUAAGUGUUCAUGAUAAAAUUGAGAGAAAUGUUUGACAGUGUUGAUCAUUAACUAAAAUAUAAAUUAGUUUGUACAGAAACUACUUUUGCAAACCAUUUGUGUACAAUGUCAAACACUGGUAUUUGCAUAAUGCUGUCCAAAUCUUUAUGAAGAUUCUAAGAUAUUAAAAUGUACUUUUAUGCAGCA